CUCCGGAAGCCGGAGCCGGUCCGUGGUGCUGGGCGGCCGCUGCGCUGCGCUGGGGCCAUGGGGCGGGUGGCCGCGGCGCUCCCCCGUCUCCUCCUCCUGCUGCUGCUGCUGGGGUCCCGGGCCCUGGGGCUGCGGCUACUCCUCAGCGCCGCGCCGCCCUUCAACUGCUCGCAGCCGGAGCGUGUCCUGGCCACUGGGCUUUGGGAUAAUCUGGUGUGGGCUUUCUCAAUCUCUCCUCUUGAAGACAUUCCACAGGGACUUAAACUUGCGUCUCCCACUUCCCAGGAUCUAAACUGCCUCGUAAGAAAUAGUACCUGCAUGGACCAAAGCUGGUUACAGGUUUCCACGUGGACGCCCUCCGCUCCCAGUGUUCUUGAUGUCCACUCUGAUGUUUUCCAUGAUGAGGGAAAAUGGCUUCCUGUGCUGCGGAUAGAGUGGAAGCUGGCUACUGAUGCAAGCAUUCAGUAUCUCCAGGGAGUGGAGCUGGCUGUGCUACAAGUGAAUAAUAAUCGACAAAUCUGUGCCCAGUUUGACUUUCAGAACAGCCUGUUACUUCAGGUCCGUCCGGAUGGAGGCCGGUGGAACUUCACUUUCAACCGCUUUGAGGUGGAGCCUGGCCAGAUGUACCAAGUGACUGUCCAUCAUCUGCCCAAACUGGGCACCAGUGGAGACCACAACUGCAAAUCCACAUCUUACACGGUGCCUGAUUGCAGGGACCCUGUGAUGAAAAGAACCAUGCCAUGUAUGCGGACAGGCAGCCUGUGGGAGCCCAGUAUUGAUGGCAAAAGUCUAGAUGACAGUUCUCUGUUGGUGAGUUUUAACCCAGGGAUGGAGUCAGCUCAAUACCGGAUCCAUGUGACCAGUUUCCCAGAUGAGGAAAAGCAAUGUAAGGAGACCACACAUGAUAUUUCUGAGAGUGGACAGCAGAACCGUGUGAAUGUCACUGUCAAAAUCGAGAAAAACUUAAAAGCCUGUUGCAGAUACAAAAUACAGAUUCAACCAUUCUUUACCAUUUGUGGCACCGACUGUCUGAGACAUUCUGCUGUCAUCCCGUGUCCCUCAGUUGCUCCAACUACAUAUCCUGCAGGCCACCAGCAUAGGAAAUACAGCAGCCAUGAGCUGUUACCUCCACAGCUGACUCCACCAUCCCUGAGGCCCCGGAAGGUUUGGAUUGUGUACUCUGCUGACCACCCACUCUAUGUAGAUGUGGUGCUGAAGUUUGCCCAGUUCUUGAUCACAGUCUGUGGUACUGAGGUAGUCCUGGAUUUGCUGGAAAAGCAUCAGAUUUCAGAGAUUGGGGCCUUACCCUGGCUUACUCGACAGAAAAAGGAAAUGGAAGAACUAUCUUCAAAGAUCAUCAUUUUGUGUUCUCGGGGCACCCGGGCCAAAUGGCAGGCUAUGCUUGGGAAGGAGGGAACAGCUGUGUGUCUCAAGCAAGAUCAAUGGCAGCCUACUGGAGACAUGUUCACGCCAGCCUUGAAUUUGAUCCUGCCAGACUUCAAGAAGCCGGCUUGUUUUGGCAUGUAUAUAGUUUGCUAUUUUGAGGGCAUCAGUGAGGAUAAGGAUAUUCCUGACCCAUUCAAUGUCACAUCCAAGUACCAGCUGAUGGACAGGUUUGAGGACAUUUAUUUCCUGAUCCAGGAUAUGGAGAAGUUCGAACCAGGGCGGAUCCAUCAAAUCCGGGAGAUCACUGCUGAAAACUACGCUGAAAAUUCCAAUGGCUGGAAGUUGAAGGAGGCAGUACAGACAUUCCAGGAAUGGCAGACAAAGCACCCUGAUUGGUUUGAGAGAGAGACCACAUGCUCAGAAGAUGAGGAGGACCUGCAGUCUCUGGAUAGGGAAAUACCAGAGGAAUUAAUGCUGGGUAAUGAACAGGUAAUUAUGAAACAGCAGCUGCAUGUUCAAGAGCCUGAUCCCAAUGGCUGUUGCACAGUUAUCCUCCAUGUGAAUGAAGAUGAGGGUGAAAGUUUUAAACUGCAGCCUCAGCUUAAUCCCCAGGGGGAUCCAACUUUCCAGACCCUGAUGAUUCCCGUGGAUGAGGCACCUCCAGUUCAGAUGGUGGAACCAAUUUCUGUUACAGGAGGUAAAAAUGCAACUAGUCAUCAGGUGCUGACCAACAUGGAUUGGAUGGAAGGAAUCCCUCUGCUGGAGACUAGUGUCCCAAUGAGGAACAGCAUCAUCCUUCAUGAUGAUUUUGAUGUCCCAUCAUCAGACAACCAGAGAUCUGCAAACCACCUCCCAAAUGAAGUGAGGCAGCAGCUGGAGGGGUUAAUGUUCUCUCUUUACCAGCAAAGUGUCAUUCCUUCUGAGCCAUCUCUCUGUCAAGAGGAUGCUGAAGAGCAGCAGCAGCAGCAGGUGGUUUUCAAUAACCCAUACAAAGAUCAGAGACAGUCAGUGCAAUCAGACCAGGGCUACAUCUCCAGAUGUUCCCCUUUGCCUCCUGAUGAUCUGGUGGUGGAAGAGGAAGAGGAGGACCAAGAACAGGAAAACAAGAUGCCCCCUCAGUAUCUCUCUCCAGAGGUCUUGGACAGUCUAAAGAGCCUCCAACAAAAGCUGCUUUUCCAGGAAAUUCAGCAGAAAUCUGUCUGGGAGCACAUGGGUGAGAUGGACACACGUCGUUCUGCAGAGGACUCUUAGACUCUCUGUCCAGGACCAUCCCAUUUGAAAAAUGGGGCUGCAGGGUGGUAGUGUGUAUAAUUUCAGCACUCUUCUUCAAGCAGUCUCCUCAUCCUUGUAAAACAAGUGUCAUAGGUUCUAAUCAGUAGGAAAUCUCUCACUGAUGCAUAUUACCCGGAGGCAGACUUGCCAAGUGCAUACAGUAUGGUCCACCUACCUAUACUUCUUAGAGCACAACUGUUACCUCCCAAUCUGUCUCUGAUUGGAGGAAGAUGACAGCAAUGUUAGUCCCCUGCAUGUGCUGUGGAGGAAUUGGUACUAAAUCUGUUACUCCAUAAGAAAUCUACUGUGUGUAGAAUCCACUGUGAACUAAUUACAGGCAAAUUAUUGUGGUCUAUCAGGCUGCAUCUCUCAGGAUGCCUGUCACACCAUCAUUCCAGCUUAUUGUAGAGGACUAAAGUCACAGUUAUGGAGGAGAGGGUAAAGACUCUGAUUCUGAUAUCGGAGUUUAUGAGCUAAGCUUUAUUGUAAAUGCUGUAGUAAGUAAUUUAUGCCUCAGAUCACAACCAGUGAUGACUAGGGCCCUACCAAAUUCACUGUCCAUUAUGGUCAAUUUCACGGCCAUAGGAUUUGAAGAUUGGUAAAUUUCACAUUUUCAGAUGUUUAAAUCUGAAAUUUCACAGUGUUGUAACUGUGGGGGUCCCGACCCAAAAGGGGCUUGGGGGGAAGUGGGGAGGGGGCCGUGUUGCAAACCUGUAGUAGGGGAGAUCAUGGGAUUGUCACCCUCACUUCUGUGCUGCCUUCAGAGCUGGACUGUCCGUCCUCUGCCCAGUCAGAGGUAGGCGCCCUCUUUGCUGGGGUGCUCCCAACAGCACACGGCAGAUCGGACACAACUCCAUAAGCCUCCUCCAGCUGAGACUUGUGGACAUAACUCCACAAGUCUCCUCCCCACCCCUCGCCCCAGAGCAGCUGUGCAGGAGGAGAUGGACAUGUCCUGUUCCUCCCCUGCCCAGCUGGAGCGAAGAGCCCCCUUUGCUGGGGCGCUCCUAGGAACAAGGGAACAUCGGAUUUCACGGGGAAGGGCGGAUUUCACGGUCCGUGACAUGUUUUUCACAAACGUGAAAUUGAUAGGGUCCUAGUGAUGACAGAUCCCAGUAGACCCACCUGGGUGCUGGGAUUUUCUAAUGUAUUACACACGUUGGCAUCGCCAUACCUGCCUGGCCAUUAAGCAGUGUAGCAGGAUGCUGAGCAGUAAUUGGGAUGAACGUUUUUAAGUGGGUAGUUUUAUCUCUUUGGUACUUUCCCCUCAACCCAUGAUGAGUGGAAGGCACUUGAAAAGCAGCGACACCAAAAGAAACGUAAGCUUGGUGGUCAGAAAAUGGACUAGGAGCUUGCAGUACAAUUACAGCGGGAAAAAGAAUGGGGUUUAGGGCUGCAUACGGUCUUCACCGCAUAGAUCCGGAAGGAAAUGGGUUUUUUCUGGUGCACUGAUAGUACCAGCCAGGAUAUUGUGUUCGUUUCUGGGCAUCUCAAUAUCAGGAAGAUUUUCAAAUUGGAGAGAUGGUGAGAAAAGCAAUAAACACAAUUAAGGGUCUGAAAGACUGUUUGGAAGAAAAAAGUGGUAGUAAACAGGGCUGUCAAUCACAUGUAAUGCCUGUGAUUAACUGAAAACAAAAUUAACACGUUAAGCCCAUAGCAGGGAAGCUGAAGAAGCCUCAGCCUGCAGUUCCAUGGGCAACAGGGGAGGGAUUAAAGAAGUCCCAGACUGCAGCUUCCCGGGCAGUUGGGGAGGGGUUGAAGAAAUCCAAGCCCACAGCUUCCCAGGCAGCAAGAGGGCUGGAGCCCUGCACCCUGAGGGGGCAUGGGCAGUGGGUUGCAUAGGCAGGGGGAGGCUGUGCCUCCCCAAACAGCCAGGCAUGGCCCUACCCUCUGCUUACCAUUGCUCCCUGCAUGCAGCUCCAGUGCUCCGGCUGGGGCCGCCCACCUUCCCGCGCUCUGGGGCUGGAGGGAGGUGUGGCCACCCGUGCUCUGGCUCUGGGUGGGCUGGGGCCAUGCUCCACCUGCCUUCCUGGUGCUCUGGGGUGGGGCUGUGGCCGCCCGCGCUGGUGGGCUAGCCUGGGGCAGGACUGGGCUGAUGGCUGCGGGGGGGUGGGGGGUAAUGCUCAGCUCCGGCAGGAGGGCAAAAGGCAGGGGGGCCUCAGGCAGAAGGGGUGGGGCUGAGAGCUAGUCUUGCCCAGCCAGCGGUUCACGUGCUGCCCAUGCAAGGGGGGGGCUGAAGCACCGAGCAGGACAGAAGCCCAGAGCCCCCAGCCCUGAUCCUAUAUUUGAAAAUAUACUAAAACCCCAAAAAUAUUUACAUAAAUGGCAUUCUGAUAUUGUUUAAUAGUGUGAUUUUAAACUGCAGUUAAUCUCAGUUAAUGUUUUUAAUCACUUGACAGCCCUGGUAGUAAGCAUAGCUUGACCAUACGUUGCCCAAGGGUGGGGAAUAUAACCAACAAGUGAAGGAUGCUGGAGUGAAACCAAUGUAAGAUGAUCCCUGGAGAUGUAACUACUGUUAACGUAAAUUUGAACAAAGGAAAUUCAGUCUAAACAUUGAGAAACAUUUGCGGGUAGUGCAGACUGCGGAGUCAUCUCCCACAAGUUGUGCUGGAAACUCCCUCAAUUGAGCGAUUUCAAAACUGGUUUUAACGAACUAGGAGAACACUGUGCAGCGAACAAUCCAGCAUUGUCCCUUGUGGGAUGGGCUAGAUGGUUUACUUUUCUAAUUUAUAAAGCUGGAGAUUACCCCAGGCACUGUGGCAGCUUGUUUAACUCAGGCAACCAGGGAAUGCCUUUUUGAGGAGUAAAAGCCCCCAACCCAAACUGCCUUUUUUCCUCUCCCCUUUUGGGAUCAUACAAGACUGCAGCCUUUCCACCUUGCUAAUUGCACAUGUGUCGGACAACAAGAUGUAAUCUUAGGUCUUGCAUCUACGUGAAGCAUUUUUCCAUUCCUGAGAUGGCAAACUGAUUUUCUUCAGCCUAUGCUUAUUAUAUCUUAACAACUUCAAGUAUUUUCUUUUUAUAUGCUUUAUACACUGGCUUUUCAAAUGAAAGUUUUGAGUAGCUAUUACUCCACAUUGCCACUUCUGACUAUGCAACCAAUGUGACGAUAUAUUUUUAUAACUGAUUGUAUCUAGUUUUUUUCUAAUUUUCUUUUUUAAUUAAAGGAAUAAUAUACUUUCAGAAGAUUUACACUGAAAUGAUUAAAGGAUCUAGAAUGUC